AUGGCGAGCUGGAGAGUCAGGAAGGACAAGGCGGAUCGAGCUGGCUUCGUCUUUGGUCCCGAGAGAAGUGACCAGGCCAAGGCCCAGCCUCCCUGUACCUCCAGCAGUGGCUGGAAGCAGAUGGCACUGCAGUUUGAAGCUUUCUGUGCCGGCGGCCUGGCCCCCGGUUGGAGCCUGCUGGUCCAGGGACAGUCGGACUCUGGAGAGGACAAGUUUGAGAUCAACUUCUUGUCCGAGGGGGGAGACAUUGCCUUCCACAUCAAGCCCCGAUUCUCCAGUGCCACCAUGGUGGGCAACGCCUUCCAGGAUGGGCGCUGGGGCCAGGAGGAGGUGUCCAGUGUCUUCCCGCUGACCCUGGGGGAGCCCUUUGAGCUGGAGGUCAGCUCGGACGCGGAGCACUUCCACGUCUACGCCCAGGAGCAUAAGGUGCUGCAGUUCCCACACCGCCAGAGGCCACUGGCUGCCAUCACCAGGGUGCGCGUGCUGAGCGACCACCGUCUGGCCCAGGUGGAGCUGGCCAAGCGGGGCCUGAGCUGGGGCUGUAGACCCCACCCUCAUAUCAUACUGCUGUAUCUGGACUUUGGGAACCGAGCACCACCCCAGCCAGCUCCAGCAAAGGCUCCUACGAAGGAGCCAGCAUCCUCCUCGGCCCACUUCCAUGGCCCAAAGCCAUCGCAGGGGGCCGUGCUCCCCUAA